AUGGGCGCAAUAAUAGUUUAUUCUGUCACUUCUCGUAAUAGUUUCGAAAGUUUGGACUAUUGGAUUGACUUGAUCACUAAAGAAAGAAGUGGUGAUAUAUCAAUUGUACUUGUUGCAAGUAAAUGUGAUCUUGAAAAGGUAGUCUCAGAUGAGGAGGGUUUAAGAUAUGCUGAACGAGUCGGAUAUCCCCUUGUUUUCUGUUCUUCAAACACUGGAGAGGGUAUUAAUGAAAUCUUUUUUAAUGCAGCUUUUCCAAAUAGAGAGUUUACUUAUCCUGAUAAAAGGGUUAAAAUAGUUGAAUGGUAUGAUUAUAUGGUGCCAAAAUGUUAUAUCUGCUAA